UUGUGUCUCUAGAUUGUGACAGUGGUUGCUGUAAAAAUGAUUAAUUUGAAUGCAACUUUUCACAGAACUUAAAUGGGAUUUUUAGUAUUUAGUUUUUUAAUCUUGAAGAUUUCACAUCUUAUGAAGUUAUGAGGGAAAAAAUCAUAAAUGGUUAAUGGACUGGUUCUUACGCAGCACUUUUCUACUCUGAGUGUGAAUUCCAGGAUGCAGACGACACCAGAAACAAGUGGUGGUUUUAAACAGAGCCAGGAAAUCAUCACAGCUGAGCCUGGACAGAACGCCACUCUGCCAUGUCGAGCUCCAAACAGCAGCAGCAGCAUUUCAAUUGUAGAGUGGACCAGAGCUGACCUGCGAGAUGAAUAUGUGCUUUUGUAUCGGGACGAGCGGUUCGAUCCAGAAAACCAGCAUCUAUCUUUUAGGGACCGGGUGGAUCUGCAGGACAGACAGAUGAAGGACGGAGACGUGUCUUUGAUUCUGAAGGAUGUGAUGAUUAAUGAUAAUGGAACAUACGAGUGUCAGGUCUUCAUGAGAGGAACAAACAUGAGGAAGAGAGCUAAUCUAGUUAAUGACCCCAUCAGCAUCAUCACACUGAGAGUUGUUCCUCCAGGUCAGACAGGAGGAGACACAGAGGAUGGAGGGAAGGAGGCAGGAGAGAAGGAGGAUGGAUCUGUUGGACUGAUAGUUGGUCUGCCUGUUUCUGCUGUGCUUCUUGUUGCUGUUGUUGUUGGAUUUUUGAUUUACAGAAAACAUUAACAGCAACAGAGUCAGGAUUCAUACCAGCCUCCUGUUACACUUCAGCCUGUUGAAAUGUCUCAGAGCUUCUUUCAUGGUGUAAAGAAUAUCACUCAAAUAACCCUGAGGUUGUUUAUUUUGUCAUCACUCUGAGGUCCCAUCAGAAGAACAAUAAGUGUUUUAAAAUGAGUGCUUGCUCGUAGGGGGUCAUAUGAUUGUUGGGUUUUUCUCUGUAUCUAUUAUUGUAGAUCUACUGUACAAUAUAAAGCGCCUUGAGGAGACUGCUGUUCUGAUUUGGCGCUA